AUGGCCGACUUGUCACAGGUCGUGCUGACAGAAGUGGACAAACAGGGCGAGAUAGACACGGUGCAGCUUGCAAACUCCAUUAAAGAAGAUCAUCAAAAGAUUGUCGGUGCAGUGAAGAGUCUACAGUCUCUUGGUGAUAUUGUCAAAGUUGAGCAGUACUCUACUAAACAUUGGCAAUUAACAGAUGAAGGCAAAGAUGUGGCAGCAAAUGGGAGUUAUGAGGCCAGGGUAUACAAUGCUGUCCCGUCUGAAGGCAUUACCCAGGCUGAAAUUAUGAAAAAUGUUCCUAAUGCCAAGAUAGGAUUCAGCAAAGCCAUGCAGGCAGGUUGGAUUUCCAUGGAUAAAUCAUGUGAGGGUGGACCAAAAGUUUUCAGAAAGAGUGAGAGCAUUAAAGACACUGUUCAGGAGUGCAUGUUGAAGUUUGCAGCUAAUGACUCCAAAAGUGUCCCAGAAAACCAAAAAUCAGACUUCAAGAAAAGGAAACUCAUAACAGAAGUAAAAGAAGUAGGCUAUAAAGUGUCAAAGGGAGCUAAUUUCACUCUGACUGUCAGCAAAGCAGAGGUGGAUUUGACGCCUGAAAUGAUACAGAGUGGAUCAUGGAAAACUAAAACUUUUAAGGAGUACAACUUUGAUGCCCUUGGGGUGCCCCCUCCGGCAGGUCACCUUCACCCUCUUCUCAAGGUCAGGGCACAGUACCGACAGAUCUUCCUGGAAAUGGGUUUCACAGAAAUGCCGACCCAGAAUUUCGUCGAGAGCUGCUUCUGGAACUUUGACUCUCUGUUUCAGCCACAGCAACAUCCAGCCAGGGACGCCCAUGAUACUUUCUUUAUGUCUGAACCCAGAACUGCUCAUGAAUUUCCAAUGGAUUAUUUGUAUCAUGUGAAAGAGAUUCACUCUAAUGGAGGUCACGGAUCACAAGGGUAUAAAAUGGAUUGGAAGAUAGAGGAAGCUAAAAAGAACAUACUAAGGACACAUACAACAGCAAAUACAGCUAGGAUGUUAUACCAGUUAGCUCAACAGAAAGAGUUCAAGCCAGUGAAGUACUUUUCAAUAGACCGAGUGUUCAGGAACGAGAAUGUAGACGACACACAUUUAGCGGAGUUCCACCAGAUCGAGGGAUCAGUCGCGGACUUUGGACUUACUCUGGGAGAUCUCAUGGGAAUCAUUCGGGAAUUCUUCAAAAAGUUGGGCAUCACUAAACUCCGCUUCAAACCAGCUUAUAACCCGUACACUGAACCCAGCAUGGAAGUCUUCAGUUAUCAUGAAGGUCUUAAGAAGUGGGUAGAAAUUGGAAAUUCUGGUAUUUUCCGUCCAGAAAUGCUGCUUCCAAUGGGUCUGCCUGAAAAUGUGUCUGUUAUAGCCUGGGGAUUAUCUCUGGAAAGACCAACAAUGAUUAAGUACAAGAUAGAUGACAUCAGGACUCUCAUUGGACCAAAAGUGAACUUACAAAUGGUCUACGACAACCCUAUCUGUCUUCUGGACAACUAAACAGACUUUAAACCAUCUUAUCAUUUGUACAAAUGCAAUACAUUAUUUAUAUAAAAAGAUACAAAACCAUAUACAUGUUCUGAGUGUAA